GACGGUUUCCCUCACCUCUUUGUCUUUGCGUUUCUCUCAUUCUUUUUGGAUUCUUCAACUUACGCCUCCUGAUCGUUGGGGCCUGUUACGAUCCUGUUGCUGCGUUGUGUGUUACCGCGCAGCACGCUCAGCCUCAUCUUGCUACGCAAACUUCGGUCUUCGCCGUCAGCACGGUCCUCUAUGACGGCGCCCCCUUUUAAACGCAAAUCAAUGGUCAGUUGAUAGUUUCUUGCGUAAGGUACUUGGCAGUACGCGCUUCUGUUCUGAGCCGUCGCCAUGUCGAGCACAGGCCCGCCCGACAUCCCCAUAUCCGAACAACUCGACGACUGGCAGACGACGACACUCAUUUCACUCGAACGCACCGGCGGCUGCAUCUCUCUGGUCGCCGUACUUCUCAUAUUCCUCACCUACUACCUCGCUCCCGAAGUGCGCAAUGUGCAGAAUCGCUUCAUUGCUUUCGCGAGCGUCGCCAACGUUGGCGCCAGCAUUGCCAGCAUCAUCGCCAUGGACGGGCUGAAUGCUGGCAAGGAAUCCUCGCUGUGUCAGACGCAGGCGUUUCUGUUCGAAAUGUUCAUGCAGAGCGACCCCUGGUGGUCGCUCGCCAUGGCCGUCAACGUCUUCCUCGUCUUCUUUUUCCGCGCCAAGCCAGACUCGUUCCAACGGUGGUGGUGGCUCUACUGCAUUAUUUGCUACGGGGGACCAUUUUGCAUUGCUCUGACUCUCCUGGUCAUCAGGAAUGAUGAGCGGGGCUUGGUGUAUGGCGAGGCCACUAUUUGGUGCUGGGUAGACCGCGAGUGGGACGAUAUCCGCAUCUACACAUACUACAUGCUCAUCUGGAUCUGCAUCGUCGGUUCCAUAGGCCUCUACGCGGCCGUGGGCUAUCUCGUCUGGCGCACGCGGAACAAAGUCCACUCCUUUUCCAACACUUCACUACAUCACACAUCCGACGACUCGAUCAAAGCCUCUCCUCGCUGCCCCCCUCAUCUCCUCUCCUCGCGACAGUUCCGCCUUGCGAGACAGGGUUCAGGGUCAUUGAAGCUGCCAGAGGUUCCGUGCGAUGGCUUCUACGGCACCGUUAUCACCGAGGUCCAGAUCUUUCACACAGCGGCCACGAUGCCGAAUCCACCUUCUGAACCGCAAAGGGCAGCCCUUUCUUCAUCCGAACGCGAUAGGACCAUUACACACGCAGUUCCGACGCAGAGACAGGUGCCGACAAUGCCGAGUCAGUACUCAACCUUUGUCACAGCUGCCCCUGCACUGUCGAUGCAAGAACCGCUCAAGGCGAAGAAGUACAUGGGCCUUCUGGCCAAAUUCGGCAUCGCUGAUCCCAUCAAGCGCGCCUAUCUCCGAACGAGCGUGCUCUUCGCGAUCAGCGUCCUGGUGACCUGGAUCCCCAGCAGCAUGAACCGCAUCCACAGCUGGCGAACGGCCUCGUCACCGUAUGGGUAUCACGUCGCUACCGCCGCUGUGCUGCCCUUGCAGGGACUCUGGAACGCCGUCAUCUUCUUCAUCACGAGCAAGAAGAUGCUUCGCAAGGCUUGGCGCCGCUGGCGAGAUGAACGCAACGGCGUGUCGCAGCACAUGGAUGCGCGGCUGGAGCAGAUUGCGAGCAACAUGGCUCGGCGACAGCGGGAUGAAGAGGAAACCAUCGACGACGGAGAGGUGGGCACGAUGAGCAGCGAUGUGGAGCUGAGAGGGAUGACUGACUCCACGCGAAAGAGCUCCGAUAGAUUUUGAGCUGAAUGAUAGUGUGCUUUAUAUCUAGGAUCUUUGGAGUAUUUGGACGUACAUUUGGAUGCCUGUACGGGGUUAUGAGGAUUUGCCUUGAUGAGAAGCUAUGUUGUGGCGAGACCAGAGCCCUCAUGUAGCGAUGCCUCUCUAGCUAUACCUCCUGUAUGUGACUGUCCAUACAGACAUAUCACGUCACAUUUCUACUUUCCACACACGAUAGAACUCUGGUCCAUGACCACCAGGCUCGGUUGCCCGCCAUCAAAGCGCAAGCUGUCUAUCAAAUCGAAGUCUUGUGCCAUCGUUGUGUUGCAUAAAGUCCAUGUCCCCUAGACCGCGACGG